GAACAACUUUUCAACACCUUUUGUCACUUUAUCUUCACUAAACACGCCCUUUGCUGAAACGCUAAAUCGUAGAUAUGCUUUAAAUUUGUGGGGGAAAAAAUGUCACAGUGUGCCUGUUUCUUAAACCAAAUAACAACUGAACGUCGACGUGUUUGUUUUUUGGCCUAAAUUGACGUAAAAACACGUUGACGAACAAAUCACAUUUUCAGGUGGGGGCGAAACAGUGAAGCCGAUUCCCCUAUUUUUUAAAUAAUGCCAAGUUUGUCCUCCUUUCUUUAAAUUGACAUCACUUCAUUUUGUGCAAACCAGGAAAUACACGCAGUCACUCGACUUGGAAAAGGCUUGGCUUAUUUUUUUUUCCUCGUGGGGGGGGCGUAAAAGUGUGCGGACGCCAAGUCAACUCUGGCACACAAAUCGUUGUGCCAAAGUGCAAACAAACAAACAAAACAGAUUCUUGUAAUAACACAGCACAACCUUUAGUGACCUAAACCAGGGAAGGGAAGAAAUAAACUGGUUUAAUAAAGUACUACUGUAAGGUUUGGGGGAAAGCUAAAAGUCACAACAGCUGCUGUGUUGCAUGUAAUGUGUACACAUCACUACACGAGAUCCGGCCUACUGCAGCUCCUUGUGAGCAUUCCCAUUUAGUAUUUGACCGACGGUGCGUCGGCCACUGUUGAUCGCUCGCAACAAGCAUUUUGGGUCAGAACACAGAGAAAAAAAAUCUACUGAGGAAAAAGUUGGGGCACUCGCACGUCAAGUUCUCCAUCAUGGCCUACCAGGCUGGCUUCCCGGAGGAGCCCAACGCUCUGGUUCAAAACAUUAGCGCCAACGUCCAGAGGCUCAGCCUGCUCACCUCCGAGCUGCAGAGGGCGCUGUCGCUGCUCGGAACGGCUCAGGACGGCGGCCAGCUGCAACAGACGCUGCAGCAGAACCAGCAACAAGGAAACCAGCUGGCCAAGGAGACCGACCGGCUCAUCAAGUCGUUCAGCGCGCUUCCUGCGGGCGCCGACCAGCGGCAAAGGAAGAUCCAAAAAGAGCGUUUGCUCAACGACUUCUCGGCAGCCUUGAACAGCUUCCAGAAGACGCAGCGGGAGGCGGCCGACAAAGAACGCGAGUUCGUCGCCCGAGUGCGGGCCAGCUCCAGGGUGUCGGCUGGCCAGCCCGACGCUCGUAAUGGAAACGGCAACCCUUUCCUAACAAGUGACGUCCAGGUGCAGGAUCAGGCCGAAGCGGUCAGCGAGGACGACCUCCGCUUGAUCAGGGAGAGAGAGUCGGCCAUCAGGCAGCUGGAGUCGGACAUCACCGACAUCAACGACAUCUUCAAGGACCUCGGGGUGAUGGUGCACGAACAGGGCGACGUCAUCGACAGCAUCGAGGCAAACCUGGAGAACGCAGACGCGAAUGUCCAGAGUGCCACCCAGCAGCUGGCCCGUGCUGCCGACUAUCAGCGGAGCUCUCGGAAGAAGAUCUGCGUCCUGAUCGUGGUGUUGGUCGCGGUGGCCGUCGUCGUGGGACUCAUCAUCUGGGGCGUCUCCCGGCAGUGAAGUCCCCCCGCCGCCGCACCCCCCUCAGCCCUGUCGCCGCGUCCGCUCCCGCCGCCCCGAAAUGUUAAAAGCUCAACGGCCGCUCCGUCGGGUACACACACGGCACACGACGUCGACUCGGAGUUAGUACGAUAAGAGGUAGAGCAAACGUUUCUACUGACCGAGUGCCGUCAAACUCCAACCGAAGCCAAACGAACGUAAACACGACGAUGGUCUUCCGCACCCGGCCUGUAGGUGGCACAAACGAGCAACCCCUCACACAGCAAGCAAGCAGAAAGUGUCCUUUUGUAUCUCAGUAAAUCAAACUAAACAAUAUUUAAAUGUAAUUUUAGAAUUUUCAUUGUAGCUGACAGCUAACAAAAACUCUAAAUGACAUCCAUCUAUCCAUUUUCCAAGCUGCUUAUCCCCACAAGGGCUGUGGGAGGGCUGGGUUCUAUGCCAGCUCUUACAAUUAACUAAAUCAUAUUUAACAUAGAAAUUCAAUAGUAAUUGGGCUUCUGCCAAAUAUUUUCCUGUUGAAUAAAUGAUUUUCGUUGUUGAAUUUAAAUCCUGAAAUAGUUGACUAAAGCCAUGGCCUCACAGUUCUGAGGACCCAGGUUCGAUUCCGGCCUCGCCUGUGUGGACUUUGCGUUUUCUCCAGGUGGGGACUCCGGUUUCCUCCCACAUUCCAGAAAAAUAUGCAACAUUAAUUGGAGAGUCUAAAUUUCCCACUAGGUGUGAUUGUUGAGUGCGGCUGUUUGUCUCCACGUGCCCUGCGAUUGGCUGGCGACCAGUUCAGGGUGUACCCCGCCUCCUGCCCGUUGACAGCCGGGAUAGGCUCCGGCACUCCCCGCGACCUUCGUGAGGGUAAGCGGCAAAGAAAGCGGAUGGACGGAUGAAAUAAUUGACUUGUGUAGUGUGACGCAUACGAGCGUGUACAUAUUUGCACACUUCCAUACACACACACAUUAAUCAUUGUUGAACUGUGUGUAUAAAAUAUGAUUUGCUUUCAAAUGUGGGGUUGUGCAACAAACAAAAAUGUAGUAUGCAAAUUACAAUCUCAAUGAUGCACGUUUUGGUGAAAGAAUACCUCACUGCCGGUGUCAAUCAAAACGGCGUUCUCGUCAUCGCUGACUUUUUUUCACCGAAGCUCUUGUAUUCGACCUUGUCGAAAUGGUGCCCGCCGAUGUUGUCGUCAGCGACGUUGUGUAAUCGUCCCGGUUGUUGCAGUUAUUCCACAAUUUAGCCAAACCUCGGCUGCGUUGUAUGUGUGAACUUAUUUUGAAGACUUCGUUAAUAUGACUGGAGUACGUUUGAAAGAGAUUCGUAACACUCAGCAAUACUUCUUUGUUACUUUUUCUUGUUGAUAUGAAGGAAGCUAAAAGCAGUUUAGCGGUGAAGUAAACAAAGCAAGCAAAGAGCAGAUUAAAAUGUGUGCGCUAUUUUUCUAAAUGAC